UACAGAACUAUUUCAAGCACAUUAUUAAUUCCAACACAAAUGCUUGGCCGAUUUUUUUUCUUCUCUUUGAAAACGCCUGGAAACGUCUUGGCUUUGUCGCUAUUUAUCGUCUAAAGAAUCAUGACUUUCGACUCCAUUAUGGCGUGCUGCCUUACUGAAGAGGCGAAAGAAGCAAGGCGGAUCAACGAUGAGAUAGAGAGGCAGCUCCGCCGGGACAAGAAGGACGCCCGUCGAGAGCUCAAGCUCCUGCUGCUCGGGACUGGGGAAAGCGGUAAAAGCACAUUUAUCAAGCAGAUGAGAAUCAUUCAUGGCUCAGGAUACUCUGAGGAGGACAAGAAGGGAUUCAUUAAGCUGGUCUAUCAGAACAUCUACAUGUCCAUUCAGGCCAUGAUUCGAGCAAUGGACACACUCCAGAUACCUUACAAAUAUGAAAACAAUAAGGGCAAUGCAAAUAUUGUUCGAGACGUGGAUGUAGAAAAAAUUUCAUCAUUUGUAAAUCCCUAUAUGGAUGCCAUUAAGAGUUUAUGGAAUGACCCAGGAAUCCAGGAGUGCUAUGACCGAAGGAGAGAGUUCCAGCUCUCGGAUUCAACAAAAUACUACCUGAAUUCAUUGGAACGAAUUGCUGACCCAUGCUAUGUGCCCACUCAGCAAGAUGUGCUCAGGGUCAGAGUGCCCACAACAGGCAUCAUUGAGUACCCUUUUGACCUGCAGAGUGUGAUAUUUAGAAUGGUGGAUGUGGGUGGUCAGCGGUCGGAGAGACGAAAAUGGAUCCACUGUUUCGAGAACGUCACCUCUAUUAUAUUUUUGGUGGCGCUCAGCGAGUAUGAUCAAGUUCUGGUCGAAUCUGACAAUGAGAAUCGAAUGGAGGAAAGCAAAGCACUCUUUAGAACGAUCAUAACUUAUCCUUGGUUCCAGAAUUCUUCUGUAAUUUUGUUUUUAAACAAGAAAGACCUGCUGGAGGAGAAAAUAAUGUUUUCACAUCUUGUAGAUUAUUUUCCAGAGUAUGAUGGCCCCCAGCGGGAUGCUCAGGCAGGACGGGAGUUUAUCCUUAAGAUGUUUGUUGACCUAAACCCAGACAGUGAUAAAAUCAUCUACUCUCAUUUUACCUGUGCCACAGACACAGAAAACAUCCGAUUUGUCUUUGCUGCCGUUAAGGACACAAUUCUGCAGCUCAACCUAAAGGAGUACCACCUAGUGUAAAGAGAACUUUAUUAACACCUGUCAUUAAAGCAUUGGCAAACUGUGACUGUAAAUGCUAUGCAGAGGCUGUACAGGUGAACCUUAAUUUUCCUUAUGGGCAAGUUAGAGACUUUUUUUGGUCCUUGGAUGAUGCAAUCAUUUAAUACAAACUGCUUACCACUGUAUAAUUUAUUUGUACCCUGAGAUGUGUUCACAGGGCCUAAAAUGGUCUAUUAUUCCAUUUUAAAGAGAAUUUAUAUUAUUGAAACUUUUAUGAUUACUGAAAAUGCAUUCAGAGGAGACA